CUUCUCAGAUUCGGUGAGGAGAUGAAGACGAACUCGUGGUUGCUCAGUCUCGCUGUGAGACACGAUCAGCAGCUGCAACUGGAGAAGCCCUUGCAUCUCACAUUUAUGAACGAGGAACCACCGAGAGUUCCACCUUAUCGGAAGGGCUGGUGGGAAAUCCACGAGGGGGAAAGUUCGACCUUUAUGUCUCAAAGUCAUCUGUGUACCUUCUGGAACAUGCAAGAUGAGCGUUGGGACGAUGAGGGAUGCAGAAUGGUUUCAACGGGCAGGGAUCAAACGAUCUGUGAGUGCUCCCAUCUCACCAACUUCGCGGUCCUCAUAGACAUCAACGCACCAGCUAAGAACGAGACAAGCUCAUUGGAGACGUUGAAGAACUUGACGUCAUGGAUCGAAAACGAAGUGGAACUGUCGGGGGAGGAAAUUCAAAACAUAGUUAAUUCAUUGGCUGAGCUGUUGGACGAAUUCCUCGUCGACCUACAAAACGGCCAGGUGGACCCAUCCGACCCGAAGGAGUUCCUUCUGAUUCUGACCAAAGCUGUGGACCUCACCUUAGAUGCUUUUCAAGGAUGGCUGAAUAUCACGAAGGGGGUCCGGAGUGAGACGUUCUCCUCACUUACGGAGACACUGGCAAAGGCGGGACUGGAGAUUGUUUUUUCCAUGUUCGACGGGUUUGAAGAAGAACUAGCUUUCAACGUGUCCAGGGAUCAUCUUGUGGUAGAAGUCACGAGGAAGCCGAUGAAUUCCUCGGAUUCCGUCGUUUUCCCUAAAGAGCGGGGGCACACGUACGCGGUUCUCCCGGCUGGUUUCCAGGAUCAACUGGGGGGAGGAGAUCACUAUUUCGUCGUCGGUGUCCUCUACGACGUUGAAGACUUGAAUUCCCUCCUACCCUCAGAUAAUACCUUGUUCGGUGCAGAGAUGAAGACGGACUCGUGGUUGCUCAGCCUUUCUCUUAAGCAUGAUCGAAACGAGUUGGAGCUGAAGAAUCCUCUGCAGCUCACAUUCCAAAACAAGGGGCCACCGAGAGAUCCGCCUUAUCGGAGUCUCCACCAGGGGAAGAAGCAGACCGUGCCAGAAAGUUUUCGGUGCGCCUUUUGGAACGUAAAAGAUGAGCGUUGGGACGAUAGGGGAUGUUCGAUGGUUUCCCUGAAGAAGAAUCAGACGAUCUGCCAGUGUUCCCAUCUCACCGAUUUUGCAGUCCUCGUCCUGAACGAGACAUCCACGUUCGAGAAACUGGACAACCUCACGUCUUGGAUAGAAAACGAGGAGGACCUGACGGGGGAGGAGAUUCAAGCCAUCGUGAAUUCAUUGGAUGACCUGCUGGAUGACUUUCUCAACGAUCUAGAGAACGACCUUGGGGGCUCAUUCGACCCAGUGGAAUUCCUCAGGAAACUGACCGUAAUUGUAGACCUCACCCUGGAUGCCUUUGACGGGUGGCUGAAUAUCACGGAGGGGGUCCGGAGCGAGACGUUCUCCUCACUGACGGAAACGAUGGCAAAGGCGGGACUGGAAGUUGCCUACUUCAUGUUCAAUCAUCACGACGAGGAGCUGGCUUUCAACAUGUCCAGAGAUCAUCUUGCGGUGGAAGCCUGGGGGAAGCCGAAGAACUCGGGUUCCUUCGUCUUCCCUAACAGGAGGGGCCACACCUAUGCCGAACUCCUAGAUGGUUUCCAGGAUCAACUGGGGGAAGGAGAUCACUACUUCGUCGUCGGUGUCCUGUAUAGAGUGGAUGACUUGAACGCCCUUUUACCUGCAGAUGACAUCUCGUUCGGGGGAGAGACGAAAACGAACUCGCAGGUGCUCAGCCUCGCUGUGAAGCACGAUCGGCAGUUGGAGCUGAAGAAUCCCUUGCGACUCACAUUCCGGAACGAGGUGCCGCCACGUGAUCCGCCUUAUCGGGAGGUCUGGCGGGAUCAGCAUGAAGGGGAGCCCACGACGUUCGUGUCUCAAAGUCAUCAGUGCACUUUCUGGAAUAUAAAGAAGGAAAAAUGGGACGAUGAAGGAUGCUGGGCGGUUUCCUCAGACAGGGACGAGACGGUCUGCGAGUGCAAACAUCUCACCAACUUCGCGGUCCUCAUGGAUAUCCACGGAUAUGUCGGACGAAGUACGGCAUUGGAAGUGUUGUCCAUUUCGCUCUCGAGUCUUUCCAUCCUUGGCCUCGUCCUCGCCCUUCUGAUCUUCAUAACGAUCGAUGUCAAAAACACAACCAAGUUAAGAGCGCUGGAGCUGAACAAGCACCUCUGCCUGUGUCUCCUGGCUGCACAUCCAUGCCUUCUUCUCCUAAUGGACAGGCAAAUCUUCAAUUUCUCUGAGACUGGGUGCGCCGUGUCCGGAGUGGUGCUCCAUUAUCUGUUUCUCAGUGCCUUCACGUGGAUGGCACUGGAAGGGAUUUUCGUCUAUCGGCGGCUCGUCCUCGUCUUCCCUACCGGCACGAACUUCUCCGUGUGGACCUACUACAUUGCUGGGUAUUGCUUGCCGGGCCUCGUCGUCCUCGUCACUGCGACUGUCUCUUUUCUGACGAACACCAGGGGAUACGGAGCCGGAGAAUUCUGCUGGCUGUCGUCGCCGUAUUAUAUCUGGGCGUUUGCUGGACCCGUGCUCUUGGUCAUCUUGGCCAACUUCAUCAUCAUGUGCCUGGUUAUGAAAAGUGUCUGGCAGAGGGGAAACGUAGGGCGUUCUCCCCAGAGAAGUCACGUUGCCUUCGUGAGGACAACUUUGACCCUGUCCUGCCUGCUGGGGAUCGGCUGGGUCUUCGGCUUCUUCUACAUGCAGAUCACUCCUGUCUUCGCCUACUUCUUCACGAUUGCGAAUGCGUCCCAGGCAAGACACUACAUGCCGCUGCGAUGCGCGUCAGCGGAGCGGGCUCGAUAUCGAUGGUCUUGCGGUGUAGCAAAGGGCGAAUCCAUUCGCUGGAGUGCAGGAGUCCCCUCGACCCUCGUAACGCCUCAGUCUCAGUGA